AUGGCGUCCAAGAUGGAUGAAGAUUCCGAAGAAAAACUCAAAUCUGUUGCAACACAUUUACCGAGCGACGAAGGAAAAAAUGAUGGCCUUGACGUAAAGCAAGUAAAAGAGGACAGAGAUAGGAUAGAAGCUUCUAGAGCAUCGAAAAACUCUGAAAUAGUUAACGAAGUAGUGGACAAUUUUUCAGGCGACGAAUCUGAAAGUGAAACUUUUCAAGAUGCCGUUCAGGAUUUACACUUAAAUGAGAAAAUGGACUCUUUAGGAACAACAGAAGAAGAAGCUGAAAACAACGAUAAGUUAAAGGACGGUGAAGGUGUUGCUGAGGAGGAAGAAAUACUUACUCCUGAGGAGAAAGAGGUUUGCACAAACAUAUUUUCCUAAUUUAAGAGGAUGUUCUUCAGUCGUCGAUCAGGGCCAUUCCAUUUAAGCUCAUUUAAUGUACGCACCUCCCGCUGACGAAAUUUUCUGAAGAGGUUUACCAAAAAAUGGAAUUUCUGAAGGUUGUAAGAUUAAAGAACAGAUUUUCUGGGAGGAUUAAAAAAUAGCAGAAAUGAGAAAAGCAAAAAUUUCUUAUACAUGUAGCUAUUAGACGCGGGCCAAGUCGCCUUAACUACAGAAUAUAGGGCAAAUUUUCUAGGUAUAUUCGUUGGGGCAGCUUGGCAGCUUGGUAGUCCCGACUGAAGAGCCACUGAUCCAUUUAGUCAGUAAACUGUAUAACCUUGACUAAUUAGCCAUCAAGCCACCAAGCCAUCUGUUUGAAUUUUAUAUUUUCUUUUUUUAUGUCUGUCUUAAAUUAAUAUGUCUCAUAUCCAUCUCAUUCUAUUGUCAUGACUAGCAAGCCUCCGAGCCAUUUCUGUUUAAGACCUUAAAAUAAUUUUGGCCCAGUCUUGAAAUCUCAGAAACGUUUUUGAUGGGUCUCGAAGUCUCGUUUUCAGGUGAUUUUUGCAUCUCGGAGUCUCAGAUUUGCCGUCCCUUUCUGUUUGGUCUACCCUCAGAAGUCGAAAUUUUUCAGAGUUCAUGGGUACAGCUUAUCAAACUCAGCUAGUAGAUUAAGACAGUAAAACUCAACAAGUCAAAGCAGUAUUUUGGUGGGCAUCCGCUAGCUUCCAUUGGCGUUUUCAGUCAUAGUUAUUUAGCUUUACUGGUGCCAUUAUCUCAGCAAAGAUUUUUGGCAGUUAGAGUCUCUGGCUCGGAGUUAAUAAAGACACUGAAGUCUUGGUCUCAAUUUUGAAACCGCAGUCUUGAAAAAGCUCAAAUUUACCAUUCUAAACCCCUAAAAACAGCAUCCUCUUUUUCUUCGUCAAUGGGUGGGUGCAUAUUGAAUGGAAAUGUGGCCCUCAGAGUAACAUGAUUUUGACGUACCUGUAGCUGAACCCUCCCCGGAAGUAAGGAAAAACAAUGGGAGGGAUUUUUCUUUUAGCAAGGAAUUUGGUCAUUUAAAAGGGUACACCUGGAAACGACCCAGUAACCCUUUAAGCCCCAAUACACAUAUCUACAUACAAAUUCUCCAGACUGAGAGAAUUUGACAAAAAAUCAAAUCUCUCUCUUUAGUGACUCUUUGGCAGGGGUAUGUUGUGCAACAGAAGCAAUAAAUUGUUAUUAAUAUUAUUUUUUAUGACAUAUGGAUAGAUUGCCUCUUCCCCUGGAGAAACAGGUAAGUUACUGGGUAUCACAUCUUGAAAAUAAUGGUCGCCUUUUAGAUAACUACAUGUACAUGGCAAAUAUUUUUGCCUACCCAUACCCAUAGACAGAAAUGGUGCAUCUUAAGGUACUUGUUGUUAACGUCUUUUUUUCAAAUUACCUUACAUGUAUGUUUUCUUCUGAAACAUGGGAAAAUUUGACACGAGAUGGAAGGUCAAUGGUUUAUUGGGGCAACUUCUGCCAUGUACAUGUACCCCUUCAAUUUAAAUUCAUCAACUGCCUGCACUAACCACAUUGUAUUAUUUAUUAAUAUUUUUCUAGGAAAGAAAAACACAGGCCCAACAAUUUAAAGACAGAGGCAAUGAUUACUUCAAAAGAUCAGGUAUAUACCUGCAUGUCUAAUGAGAUUUUCUUUUCGUAGUCUAAAUUAUUCAUUAUACAUCUAAAUAUUAUGGAUGAAUAUGACAAGUAUUAAAUCAAAACGUAACCAUGUACAAUGUACAUGUAAGUAUGAAGCUACCAAUGAAACAGGAUUUUUUUACCGUGGGUAUAUCAUGAACACAAUUAUUUGUAUAUUUUUUGUCUUUUUUUCUGUAGAAUACCCUGAGGCUAAAGAAUUAUACACAAAUGCAAUAAAGAUAUGUCCAGAUGACUUCACCAAAGAAAAGUCAGUAUUUUAUGCUAACAGGGCAGCCUGUCUUGUUAAGAUGGUAUGUUCUUAUGAUAGUAAUUUUGUUUGAAUAAUAGUAAUAUACUACAGCUUAAUGUACACCUUAGUUUAUACAAGGUUCUAGUAACAGGGGUUUGGAUAUCAUUUAUAUAAUGUUAUUUAUGAGCAAAUACUGUGGGAAGUGAUUUGAGAAGUCAAAAGCAGAUCUGGUCAUUUAUAUGUGUAUAUAUGAAAAUAUGCUCUAGUAAGCAACACUUUGAUAAACCUAUUAAGUGUAGUCACCUAUGAGAUCAGAGCUUUUAGCCGAAAGCUCGGAAUAUGUUGUGAAUUAUCACUGGCAAAAAUGGUACCAACAGUAUUGAAUCCUUUUUUGUUACUUAUCACACAUAAAGAUCAUGUACAUACAUGAAGAAGUUGUUGAACCACUUUUGUUACGUAUUAACCUAACUUUGAUGUUAAAGUAAAUGCUUUUAUUCAAAUGUUGACUGAGUAAUGAUCAUUCACUGGAACUCAAAACAAAGUAAAAGACCAGCUGGUACUCCAAAAAUUAUUGUAAAUUAUUUAUGACCUUGAGAAACAUUAUACAUGUAUUUUUAUGUGCCGUUUCUGUACGUCCUUGGUACAGACACCUUUAUUAUGGACAACUCUCCUGGUUGCAAAGACGUCAAACUUUACAAUUACGAUUCCUACCUCUAUAAUAUGGACAACACUGUAAUGCAGACAUUUGGCUCUGUCCCUUUGCUGUCUGUGUUAUUAUUAGAGGCCUACUUGUAUCUUAAUUCAAAGGUUGAAUACUAUGCUUUAAUCCUUUGCAGGAUCAACACAAGGAGGCAAUAGAGGACUGCACAAAAGGUAUAGUGUAGUAGCACUUGAGUCGUCGUCGUUGUUGUCAUCAUGAUAAUAGGGAGCCUAAUGACAGCAACGGCUACAAAAAUGUCACUUUAAAGGGCAGUCACUCUGUUUCAAACUUAAUCGUGCUUAUUCCAUCUCGUUCAAUUUGUCAAAUGUUGGCAAUUUUUUCAGGAGUUGAAUUCUAAUAGGUUGUAUCAAAAUUCAGGAAAAGAAAAAGAAAGUCUUUGUCUUGUGUUCACAUCCUUGGCCACAAACCUGAAAUUAGACAUUUUCACGUUGUAGUAGUGCAGUGACGAUAAAGGAAUGUACAAAAAAGCGUGAUGCUGUGCAGAGUUGUUGUUUUGCCAAUUUAAACCUUUUUUUGCUGUUCUUGUUAACGUCACUGUUGUCAUUGCUUAUUGAAGCUCCCUAUUCAUAAUCAUAAUACAUACAGUCGAACCUCUCUGUAAUGGCCACCCUGGGGACAGAAGAAAGUGACCGUUGUGGAGAGGUGGCCGUUAUGGAUAGGUAGGAGCGUAAUAAGUUUUUUUGGGAGUAUCACAUGUUUAUUGUGCUAAGUUCAUGCUUACUUUAUCUCAUGAUGGUAAUCCAAUCAUAAUAAUGUAGAGAUAAAAUACACAAGAAGCUUGAAUUAUGUUUUGAAUCAAAAUGUUGAAGUGAUAAAAUGAGCAAGGUUUUACAACAUUGGCUAUAAGUAUCAUCGAUGACAAUUAUUUAUGCUUACAGCUGUACUGCAGCAGGAAAAAUGAAACCAAAUAAAAAUGUACGAUUGGUGCGAUUAAUCAUCAAUGUGCCAGAAGGAUCAAAUUUCAUGACCAUUCUUAACAUUUUCAUCAGUCCCUGAAAAAACUGGUAGCUGUUGAGAGGUUAUUUUGACAGUUGGGGACACUAUUUAGUGGCUGUUGCCAUUGUAGAGAGGUGGCUGUUGUAGAGAGGUUUAAAUAAAAGUCAACGUGUGGCCUGUUUGCUGGGACAAAAUAAAGUGGCCAUUGUAGAGAGGUGGCCAGCCGUAAGUGGAGGUUCAACUGUAAUUUUAAUAUCUAGUGUUCAGUGUCACUUAGGGAAAGUGUUUCCUCCUUUUAUUCAAUGACUGGCAAGAUUUCCAGCCAAUAAGUCUUUUUUUUUCGAAGACUGAUUUCAUGAACAUGGACAUGAACAUGAAAGUGAUUUCUUGCUUUCCUACUGGUUUAAAGUUUUUGUCUAUGAGAGAAUGAUGAUGGAAAUUACUUAACCAUGGCCGAAUUUCAUUUAGCCUUUUAAUGUCUAAGACUGACCAACACUUAGUUUUUCCCUACAUAUUUGAGACAAAUAGUUAGAUCAUGAGAAAAAAGGAAAUGAUCAACUGAAGAACUGAAAAGAUCUUUAUUGUUAAACAAAUUCUCUCCAUCAGUACCAUAGGAAAGUGUGGAAAACAGUGAACAGAAUAUACUUGUUUAUGUUAGGGUUUAAGGUGACUCGACCCAGUUUUUUGGGGGGGUACCAUCCUACUUUGAAGCUCUCUGGUAUCUCCACCUUUACUUUUAUCGUAAGUCUAACACAUAGAAUGGAUAACAUAUAGAUCAAUCUACCAUAUAACGUAAAAUUUUUGGCGAUUGGAGUAAAUGUCACGUGGUUAUAAUGCCAUGCCCCUUUGAGGUCUGAGUCGAAAAUCUGCUGUUGCCGGCAUUUUUUCGUGAAAAUCUCUCAGCUACACAUAGUUCGCAUUAGUGCCUUGCGCUGAACAGAGUUUCACCAAAAUCGCAAAGACCCAAUACGAGAAAUUCAGCAGUUUCCAAAUUUAGGUCAUAAUUUAUGCGAAAAUGAUAAGCAAACUUUACACAAUUAUUUCUAAUAAACUAUGAGAUUCAUCCCUUUAUUUUGGGCAUCGUUAUAACAGAUGGGUCCUUGCAAGUCAGCAAAAAGCUUUAGGGCCUUGUAAAUGCGCGCGAUUUCCAGCAAAGCAAACAUAUAGAAAUUAUAAUUAUUUUUCGCUGUUUGUUGACGUUUGUCAGCGUUUAAGAGUCCUUCUCACGAAAAAAGCAUUUUCUUAAAAAUUUGUAAUGUUUUUUUCCUUCAAAUUUUUUCAGGGCCACAAUUAAUUAACUAACUACCUGGACUCUGAAUUUUAUGGUCAUUGAAAAACUGUGACAUUAUCUUCUAUAAGCCCAAACUUGAGUAAACAUUGAAGAUUUUUAGCGUUUUGGCUGAGUUUGUGCUUUAGGAGUUGUCUAUUGUUUCUAGUCUGUCAUUAUACAGCAUUCUCGUUCAGCAUGCAUGAAAUGAACACGCUUGGCUGACUUCCGAAUGCUCACCGAGAUAUGAUAAUUUAGUAUGAGAAAACAGAAGGGAUUCCCAUCACGAGUUGGUUUAAUUAAUGGCUUGCAUUAAACUUAUGAAAAAAUGAUAUUUUUUUAAUAGUAAGUAGAUUUAGUGCGUAGCACAUCUUGAUUUUUUUGCAAAGGCGCAAGAAGCACAAGAAUUGAUUAAAAAUUGUGAGUUAAACCUCUAUGUAUCACGCGAUGGCCUGUCUCACUGUACCAAAAUUAUCAUAUCUCGGUGAGCAUUCGGAAGUCAGCCAAGCGCGAUCAUUGCAUGCAUGCUGAACAGGAAUGCUGUAUGAUGACAGACUAGAAACAAUAGACAACUCACCACAAUAGCACAAACUCAGCCAAAACGCUAAAUAUCUUCAAUGUUUACUCAAGUUUGGGCUUAUAGAAGAUAAUGUCACAGUUUUUCAAUGACCAUGAAAUUCAGAGUCCGGGUAGUUAGUUAAUCAGUUGUGGCCCUGAAAAAAUUUGAAGGAAAAAAAACUACGAAUUUUUAAGAAAAUGCUUUUUUCGUGAGAAGGACUCUUAAACACUGACAAAUGUCAACAAAUAGUGAAAACUAUAACUUCUAUAUGUUUGCUUUGCUCGAAAUUGCGCGCAUUUACAAGGCCCUAAAGCGUUUUGCUGACUUGCAAGGACCCAUCUGUUAUAGCGAUGCCCAAAAUAAAGGGAUGAAUCUCAUAGUUUAUUAGAUAUAAUCGUGUAAAGUUUGCUUAUCAUUUUUCGCAUAAAUUAUGACCUAAAUUUGGAAACUUAUUUGGGUCUUUGCGAUUUUGGUGAAACUCUGUUCAGCGCAAGGCACUAAUGUGCACUAUGUGUAGCCGAGAGAUUUUCACGAAAAAAUGCUGGCAACAGCAGAUUUUCGACUCAGACCUCAAAGGGGCAUGGCAUAACCACGUGACAUUUACUCCGAUCGCCAAAAAUUUUAUGUUAGAUUGUAGAUUGAUCUAUAUGUUAUCCAUUCUAUGUGUUAGACUUACGAUAAAAGUAAAGGUGGAGAUACCAGAGAGCUUCAAAGUAGGAUGGUACCUCCCCAAAAAAACUGGGUCGAGUCACCUUAAAGAGUUAAUUAAGGACUCCUUAAAUUUUACAGCUUUAGACCUGAACCCAGAUUACAUGAAGGUGAGGCUUAGGAGAGCCCAAUGUUAUGAGCAUGAGGAUCGAUUAGAAGAGGCAUUAGAAGGUAAAAAAAAAAACACACACAAAGAUUCAUUUCCUUUUUUACAUUUUUGCUGAAAGAAUUCACAAAUAAGUUUCUUUAUAUAAACACCUUCGACGUAAAUACAUUUAGAACAAUGUACAUGUAUUAAUGUCCUGUCAAAGAGGCGUUAUUUUAUUGAAUGUUAGCACCGUUAAAAGGAUUUCCCAUGCCAAUCCAAAAGUUAGAAGAGGAAAAUCCUGCCAUAGUUACUCAGUGUAAGAGUGAAAGGAGAUGUCUCGCAGCUGUGACAAGUCCUCGCAGGAUUGGUUGGGAAAAUAAUGAAAGAAUAAAGUCAACCAGAGUGGAAACUAGUCAUAAAACAAAAGAACUGUGGCAUAAAAAAAGUUAUUAAUAGGUGUGAAUGGACAGGACAUGACCUCAAUUCCCAUGUUUUGUGUUUGUGGGAGGAUUCAUGCUUUUCUGCAAUUUCUUAACAACUCUUCUCAGGAAAAAUCCGGUUACAGAAGAAAAUUAAUAGGAAGAGAAGGGAAAAAAAACUACUUUGAUAUUGAAAUUUUGCUUUCUUUGCAUUUCCAAGCUGAAAGCAUGGAUAUUUGUCCUGUUGCUGGCUAAAGUACUAUGAUUUCAAAUUACACAUUAAUCAUUUAAUGAUUCAACUCUGCAAGGUGUUUAAUAUUUGUAAUUUUUGCUAUUUUUGUUUCUCUUUUAGAGUAUCAAAAGGUGUUUGAUGCUGAUCGUUCUUCUCAUGUUGCUAGAGAAGCUUUGAUGGUAAGCUAAUAAGAAUUUCAAAAAAAUAAGUUUGUAUUUUGAAACCUUACUAACCUUGUACAUUUGUCUUUUGUUGGCUGGCUAUGAAAAUCGGGAUUGGAACACGGAAGAAAAUACCAUUUGUGCUGAGAAAACGAGGUUGUGGAGAGAAAUAAACUGGUUAAUGGAGCCCUGUAAGAAUCUGGUAGGGUCGGUGUCCUUUUGAGGGGGACUAGACAGGCUUUGACCUGGUAUAGAGGACACCAUUUCACCCCAGUUGUUAAGAUAAUUAUCUGCAAAACAUUACUUGGAUUAACAUACAUUUCUGCUACUUGAAAUGGAAUUAAAAACAAAAUUUGGACUACAUGUAUGAACGAAACAUUUGGAUUGGGAUUUGAGCUCUUCCCUCCACCCUUCACAUCUCUCAUAAGAGGAACCUUUUUUAUUGCAUAUAUAUAAGUUUCUGUCAUAAUUUAUUGCUAAGCAUUAAAACAAAUUGCACAGCAGACAGGAAACUUUUCACAGAUCUAUCCCGUAUUCCAGGCAUCCUAAUAGGGAACUUAAUUUCCUUGAUCUGGGAGGUGUAGCUUAACAGGUCAUAACAGCACUAUCUGUUUCCUUGGGUUUUCAGAGACUCCCAGAACAGAUCAAAGUGAAACAUGAGAAGAUGAAAGAAGAAAUGAUAGGUACACAUUGGUUGUUGUUUCUGUAGUUUAAUGCAACUUAAUAUAUAAACCUGUUAUAUAUUGGACUGUCUGGAGAACAAUAAUCUGAAUAACCAGAGCAUCAGUCGUUUUAUUAAUGAAGGCUGUCGUUAGGUCAGGUUAUAACUAAACCACAAAUGGUCAUCCCUGGUUUUUUCCCUCAGAACCAUCCACAACAAUUAUGCUGCGCCUUAAUUCCUCACAGCUUCACUGUUUGCCCCAUGCACCCAUGUGAUCUACCAUGCCUCAAAAGAAGAUUGAGAGACUGCUAGCAGACAACUUAUAAACUGAACAUUCUUUUUUUUUCUCAUGACAAUAAGUAAGAUGUAGGAUAGAUUUUUGAAAAAUUCUUGCAGAAAAUAAUUUGGUCUCUACUUAAUCACCUUUCUUUUUUACUACAGUGAGAGUCAUUUUAAGAAUUGUUGUGCUCAAACUGCCUGCAGUUGCCCAAUAUUUUGUUUUUAUUUUUGUAGGAAAACUUAAAGAACUGGGGAAUGUCUUUUUACGACCGUUUGGCUUAUCCACCAACAAUUUCAAGCUCACACAAGACCCAAAUUCUGGAGGCUACUCAGUCAAUUUCCAAAAGUAACCCACAAUGGAAUCAAGUGAGACAUUGUCCUGGAAAAUAUUGUACAUGCACCAAAUUUAAUUAAGGAUCAGGGCCAUAGGAUGAAUAAUUUUACUUCAGUUAUUCAAACACAGGACCUAGACAACACACUGUAGUCCUUUUCAUUAGAGGAUGCAUCCAUGUACAUCAGU